AUGUCUGCCACCACCAACAAGGCUCUCGUCGCCAUCGCCGACUGGGCGUCCUCCUCCGAUCCUGUCGUCUUCCGUCACCUCCGUGUCAACCACGGGGACUUCACACAACCUACUGUCCGGCAGGCCAUCUGGAAGUCGGUCACUAAGGAUGAUGAUUGUAUCAUCUUCGUUGGGUCCAAGAUGGAGACCGAUAUCGCCAAAAAAAGUACUUGGGACUCGAACUCAGAGGGUACUCCGACAUUCGCCACUUACGUUGAGUUUGUCGACCUGCUCGAGAAGAAUCGAGCAAAAAUCGGCAAGGGCCCCGACGCCUGGAAGAAGGGGUGGCAACCGGAUGGGUGGAUUAAGAAAUCCAUUGUGCCAAGCCGCGUCCUCGUCGUCAUGUCCAUCGAGCCACAGAUGCCCUGCGAGUGUGCUCUCGCCCUCGUUGCUGCGGCCCACUGGGCCAUGGACAUUUCUCAGCGAAAAGAGGCUGGCGUCCGGGUAUUGACAGUGUCCCCGGGGGAGGAGGAACCCGCCCUCGGGCGUCUCCUCGAGUUGUACUCUGUUCCACGAGCCCCUCAGGUUGACAUGAGUGAUGCAUUGCCUACCGGGUACCAGACUGUUUGCGCGGACCCCUUGGAAUUGGCUAGGCAUAUUCACUCGAAUUUGACGACUGGGCCAGCCGCCAAGGACAUGAUCAUGUGCUUUCCGCCACAUGACCGCGUCUAUGGGCUCUCGGAUCACUUCCGGCGCCUCCACGAGUCAGGUGAGGUGAAGGAGCCUUGGAUCGAGGCUGAGUCAAUUCGCUUGCAGAGGAGUGAGUUGAUUGUUGCCAACCUUCAAUGGGUAGAAGGUACCCCUGGCCACUUGAUAUCCGCGAGUAACGGGUUUCAUGCUACUUGUCGAAUUGCUGGCUUCGAUCGAGUGCACAUUGUCUUGGGGUCAGCCGACGUCGCUCCCGUCUUCGACGCUGUCACUGGCCAGAUCACGUCGACGGAGCUGGUUACAUCGCGAGACGAACGACUGGAGCAAGUAUCUUGGCUCGGGAGAGCAGACUGUCUCCCGGAGAACAUAUUCGUCUACAUCGAUACCCAGGAGCGCACCGUGGAGGAGUUUGUUGAGGCGGGUCACGGAUAUCGUCGCCUGAAGGUCUCCAACCGACAGCUGGGUGGCUUCCUUGGCUCCCUUGCCGGCAUGUCACACUGGGGCCUUGAUUUCUAUCAGAUCGCCGAGCAAUUCGUUACUGAGCAUGUUGCCUUGCGCGAGAUGACAGCCCGCAUGCUCCGUCAGGAGAUCAUCACCCAGCCGUCUGUCUCGCGAUGCGACGACAUAACCCUGGGGAUGCCCGACGAUGAGCGCAUCAUCUUCAGGACAGUGCUCCCCCUCCUCGACUACGACCACCGCUUAGCCUACUUCUUGGCGCGCCGCUCCUCGAGUGGUCUCGUGCGACAAGUCAAGGUCCAGGUGGCGGCUCUAAUGUGUGUUGGCCCCCAUGAGGUGGUUCGAUUCUUCAAUCCGGAUGAGAAGACGUCCGCUGAGAACUUGGCGGAUCUCGUCAAUGCUUGCUGGGGAUGCACCCGGCGGAUGGCCAAGACAGGCACCAUUUGGCUCAUGUCAAGUCUUUGGAAGAGGGUUGUCAACAGCAGCAGCAGCAGCGGCGACUUUGAGCCCAGCGUAUGCAGAAAAAGCCACAGUCACCUUCCCAUCCCGGACACCUCUUCCUCGGUGGACACGCAGAGGUUAUCCGAAUUGAAGGACCUCAUCGCGGCUCUCAAUACUGCACUCGGCAUCCUAGGCGUCCCCAACCAGUAUCUGGAUAUGACUCAGGGGAUCGACGAAAAAGACCUCACCAAGCCGCAGGAGUUGGAGCUACAGGUCGACUUGUUGCAUGCCUACCUGUUCCAACUUGUUGCGUCCACUAAGCAUCGCCAUGAUGGAGCAGAAGUCUUCAUGACUCAUGAUAUUUCGACCGCGAAGUGGUUUGGCACCAUCGCCGUGUGGUUCAGACUCAUGAUCGAUGCUGCUUGGCAGACGGACGGAAACCCCGAGGCUGUUUACGGCGUUUACCACCUUCUGAGACGCCGUGGUCAGCACGUCGAUUUACAGGAGUGGACUUGGAUCCCCAUUCAGCUAGUGAGUGACUGGCAUUUCGCCAACGCGGGGGAGGAGACCAUCCACAGCUAUUUGGCCAGUAAUCCCCUUCCAACGAGGAACUUCGAUGACGUUUAG